AAAACGGGUUUUUGACUUUUUUCUGAUUUCAGAGUUCAGACACAUAGGCGGGGUCGUUUGAUCUCGACAUCGGGAUCAGUGGACUUCAGAACAUGUCAUUUGGCUUGCCAUAUACUUCUGAGUUGAUCGUUGGCACAGCAACAAAUGACGCCCGAAAUUAGGCCAAAUGGAACAUGGAAAUGGUAUAUUCUGUGAAUGAGACCGGUUAUAUGUGUUUAUGAAAGCUAAUUAUACAGAGAGUUAGACCAUCAAAAUGGCAAGUGAGCAAGAGGGAGGAGCAGAACGGACCGCGAAAUCAGAUCCAGGAAAGGGCAGCAAGAUGCCUGGAAAGCAGAAGAGGAAUAGAAAAGAAAAGAAAUCCAGGAGUGAUGGAGAAAGCAUGGAGGACUGGUUAGAUUUUGGUUUAGAGAGACUUUUUAAUCCUGAGAGCACAGAGUUCCUACCCAUGGAGGAGCAACUGAAGUUGUACAAGCACAGGGAUCUUAUCCGUAGCAAGACAUAUACCACGGCUGCCAGGGUCUUUGGCAACCCUAGAGUUAGAAAACGUGUCCAUGUUGCUCCUAAGAUGGAUGGGGGUGUAGGAAGGAGUGUGAAUGUGAGGAGAGCGCACUCUGAUCUGACACAACAGGAUGGAAGGCCAAGGCUGAAACCUAUCAACAAAGAAGACAUGGUCUUGACAGAGAAGGACAAGCAGAUCAUUCAUGAUAAUGAGGUGCAAGAAAAAAUGAAGGAGUAUAAGGGCUGGCUACGUGACCGAAUGGCUCUCCGAGCUGGUCUAGAGUCGAUGGGUUUGAAAGAGUCAUGGCUUAGAGCUAAACCUAAUCCUACACCGUUGGAGAGGAGAGUUCUUCUGCAGUUGGAGGAAGCUAGGCGAGUGGCAAAAGCUCUUAAGUUGAAAGUAGAAGAAGUCCAAGAAGUGACCAUCAAGAUGGAAGACUUCUCGGAGAAGGAACCCAAACCUCAACCAGAAGGGAUGGGCAUCAUCGCUGACUACCUGGCCAGCAAGAAGCAACGUCUCAUAGAUCUCUUCUCCCAGGCUGAUAAGGAUAAGAGUUGGGCCAUCACCAGAGACGAGUUUAGGAAAUGCAUCAAGGAGGCAAAGAUACCCAUCUCAGAAACUCUUUUGAAUGAGGUAAUAGACAGCUUAGACUCGGACCUCAAUGCUGAGAUUGACUAUCGUGAGUUUGUCAGAGGCAUGGACAGAUAUCAUCUGGAAGAAAGAAAACGAAAGAUCUUGGCCGACAAGGAACGAAAGAGCCCGGUCAAGACAAGAUCGACAUCUGAAGUCCGCAGAGUGAUCAGUGAUUUAGCCCCGGUAAGGGAGUCUAUAUCAUCACCUGUACCGCCCGCUGAUAGACUGGAAGAGACCAGAGAAGUAAAUACACCAGACUCUUUGGCAUCGCUCUUAGAGAUUCCCAAACAUGACAUCACAGAACGAAGGGAACUCAACCCUGAUGAUAUGAUCGAGAAGAGGAAGAGGGAGAGAUUCAUGUCAGAUAAUCUGAAGAUGAAGAGGCUCCCUCGUGCGAUUCAGAGUCCGCUGAAGACGGGUGACAAGGCCGUAGACCUCCAUUCCAAGGUGUCUACCCUAGGAGGAGAUCUGGGUGUUGAGAUCCAUGACUACAGAGCAGCCAGGCUUGCAGAGUAUCAUGACAUAUGUAGGCUGUGUGAAGAGAGGGACAUUCCACUUACUCCAAAGCUCCUUCAAAGAGCACUCUUGCAUCCUGGUGAUAAACGUGUCAGCCAUCUAAAGAAGCGUAUCCGCCAGCCUGGCACUCACACCAUGUCCAAUAGAUUUGCAGAGCCACCAAAGCCUCCAGAGUCACCCGAUGAGUUCCAUGAUAUGGAGAAAGUUGUUGUCACCAAGUCAGGAGAAGUACUGGUUGACUCUAGACAUGUAUACCCAAAGAAGCAUAAUGUCUGGUCCAAACCAGAAAUGCAGAACCUUUCUAGUGGCAAGGCCUUCAUAUCUAGGAAGAUUGACUGCUGGAUGUCGUUUGAGGAGUAUGACAAACUUACCGGUCACCUGAAGCAACGCUAUAUCAGCCUUGAGAAAGCUCCGGAGCACGAUGUCUUCUGGCCCGGGUUCCUCUUGGACAAGGUCCAGCUCUGCAUGCCAGAGACCAGGUCCCGAAGCGAGAGGUCCAGCCAUGCAGUGUUCCAACCCACCGCCCAGCGGACCAAGCGCUCUAACCCCGGCUACAACAAUGACAUCUCCUACUGGCUGGUCAGUGAUCAGAACUACCUCAAGAGUGGAGGCAUUGAUGAGAGGAAGGUCUAUAGCAUUGACUGGAAAUGACCAAUCUUGAACAUGCCUUAGACACGGUGAUGAUCAUUACAGUGACGAGUUGCACUAGAACUGAUCAAAGGACACCCGACAUAUGAUGGAUGAAUGUACAUGUAUGUUCUGGAUUCUUUGAUGGUUAAUACAAGAUGAAGCUGCAGCAACAUGGUAGACUACUGAUUAGCGGUUUAGCCCACCAAGAAACUUCCAAGUAAACUUGAAGGAAUAGACUUUAUAUUUAAAACUACCAAGUGCUCCAUGUGAAAGGAAACAAAUUAAAGCGAUACUUCAUUCCAAAUGCCCAGUACCCUAAUUUGCUUAAUUUCUUUAAAUUUUUUUUUACCUGUACUUUGGUAUACACUAAUUUGUAGACUCCAAGGAAGCACCUUGGGGGCCUAGCCACAAAAUAGGCUUAAUAAAGGAACCAACCAGUUCCAGUCGGCAGUAGGUUCACCAACCGCAAUUAUCUGGUACAUUGCUUUGUUUCAGGUCUUUCUCUCAUACCUUGAAAACUUUUAUCAGAACUACAUUGAUUAACAGAGAUAAUAAUAAUUUUGGACUUUUAAAACUGUUGCGACACUAAAAUCAAGAUAGUCUGCACAGUCCGCAUGGAGAGUAAGAAUGUAUGUGACAAGUUUCAAUGGACGCAAUAUAAACGUGAUCACUGUUGAAAAUCUGCCGAAUGGAGACAAAACAUAACAAAAGGGUGUGUCAGGUCCUUGUGAUUUGGCAAAUAGGGAUUUAAAAGAGUGACUUGGGCUGUGUAGAGAGAUACUUUCAGUCUUUCCUACAAUCAAAAACAAAUAACUAUCAACUACUUCUGCAGAUAAUUGAUGCACUCUAGGAGUAGAAAUGAAUAGAAUCACCGAUUUUGGUAUCAUCUGUAAACAUUGCCUUAUUGUUUGUAUUCUCACCAAAGCAAUAAAUUGGUUUGCUUCCUUCUUCUUCACAAUAGUAUUUUUUUAUACCAUCACAGAGUAAUAAUAAUAUAUAUAUAUCCCAAAGAAGACUAUUUUGUAUAUAAAUGUAUUACAAACAGUAUUUUUAUCAAAUAGAAAAAUUCAACUUUUUAUAUAUAUCACACAUUACCUGCUAACUGUAUAUAUUUUAUUACUCCUCGUUUCUGUACAUUUUUUUUUUCAUAGUACCCCACGUUUAUUUUCUCAUAAUUUUGGCUGAUAACCAAUUCCAGACAUAUCUGUUUUGUUAAUAUAGUAUUGAAAUGAAUGUACUAAAUGGGGUUUAAACAGGGUGUUCUUCUGCCAAAUUUUACUAUGCCGGUAGUUAAUAUUUCAUAUACUUUUGCAUUUACUUGCUCGUUUUUAUUAUAUAUAUACAGUAAACUCUGCAUUAAUCAAAGUUGCACAGGUCAAAUUUUUAAAACCAAAUAAUGCAAAACGUAUUAUUUACACUUCACUGAAUUUUGCAUGUGGCAAACUAUUUUUGCGGUCCCAACAGAUUUGACUUAGGUAUGCAGAGUUAACUGUAUAUUUGUAUGACAAUGCUGCUUAAAAAAAAGGACUUUCUCUAAAGAUCUCUGUACUGUAUGGAUCUGCACUGCUAUUAAUACUCAUGGUCAUCCCUUGUUCUUGCCAUCCAAAAUAGCCCAAUAAAAUGUCUCAUUUCUUA